AUGACUCUCUGGUCUUCCAACACAGGCACUCAGAAGAAAGGAGCCAGGAACUCUUGCCACACAGUGGAUGGGACUGUUGGGGGAGACAUCCUGCUCCCACUGAAUGUCUCCCUAGGGACAGAAAUCCAAGAGAUUGAAUGGAGGUUUAAUUCUGAGAAGCUUCAGCUGCUCUCCCUUAGCCCUAGGAGUCACUCUUUUCUUUGGUACAGCCCCUUGGACAGAUACAAAAAGAGGCUGGAUGGCCUGGAUGAUGGCUCCCUCAUCAUUAGGAAUGUGACUCUCAAGGACAGUGGAUUGUACGAGGCUCGGGUCUUACUCACUUCUGGAAUGUUCAAUGUUCACUCCUUUGCCCUCUCUGUCUAUGAACCCAUCCCUGACCCUAAGAUCCAUAUCCAGUCCCAGUGUCUCACACCACUCUGGUGCAACAUCACCCUGGAUUGUCAAGUCUUGGGGCCUGGGAAAGCUGUAACAGUGACCUGGAGGAGUUGGAACCUCCUGAGUGGGCUGAACCAAUCAGAAAUGGCAGAGGAAUCUACCAACUCCAGAACCCUGAGUCUGUCCUUACCUGUGGGUCUAUCAAACUCCUCACUCACCUGCUUGGCCAGCAAUCCUGUGGAUCAGAGAAAUAUCACCAUAGACCUGAGGGAUAUCUAUGCUUCAGACAAAGCCCCACAGGAGCCUGAGAAUGUAUACUCCUGCCCCUUGAAGUGGAUUCUCCUGUGGAAGGGGCUUCUCCUCCUUGGCAUCCUCUUGUGGACACUGGGCAGCAGAUUCACCCUGGACAAGGGGCAAACUGAAGAGGGCCCAGCCAAGAAGUGCCAGGUCAACAAGCCCCAGCCACGUCGACUAAGAAAAGACACAUCAUUGGUCAACAAACAAUGA